AUGGACUUCAAGACACUAAUGCUGCAGGCCCUUGAUGCCACCAAAGAUGACCAAAUCGAUUUUCUGCAAAAGUUUGUUCGAGUACCUUCACCAAAUCCUCCCGGACAUACAGCAACAGCGGCAGCUGUAGUUAUCGAUUUCCUCUCCAGCAAAGGUAUACCUUUUCAAAUAAUUGAACCACAACCAGGACAACCGAAUGUCGUCAGUGAGUUCCAGGGCAAUUCGGGCCCUGGAGGGCCACGGGUAGUCCUAAAUGGGCAUAUUGACGUUUUUCCCGUGGCUGAGGAUACGCGCAGCAAUUGGGAGCGUGAUCCCUGGUCCGGCGAUAUCGUCGAUAAUCGCAUCCAUGGCCGUGGUGUAGUUGACAUGAAAUCCGGCACAGCAUCGCUAGUUAUAGCCUACGCACACUUAUAUGAAAUGAGGGCACAUUUAACGGGAAGCGUCUCUCUAUGUGUGGUAUCCGAUGAAGAAACCGGAGGACAAUGGGGCACAAAAUAUAUUAUCCAACAAGACCGAAACAAAUGGGGCGGUACUGUCAUGCUCAGCGCUGAGCCAGCAGGAUGCAAGACUAUACGAUUUAGCGAAAAGGGGACGUUGAGGAUGACCUGCACCGUCAAGACGAAGGGUGCACAUGGAGCGUAUCUGAAUCUGAGUAAAGGUGCUAUUCGGACUGCCACCAGUUUCAUUGCGGAAGUCAUUGAUGCCGUGGAGGGGAUGAAAGUAGAAGCGCCACAAGAGCUAAUCGACCAGACCGCAAAGCCCGAAGUGAAGAGACUUAUCAAUGAGACAAUGGGCCAAGGAACGUCAGGUAUUAUUCUUGGAUCUACUGUGAACGUGGGGACAAUAAAAGGGGGCGUCAAGGUUAACAUGAUUCCUGAUACGUGCAUCUUCGAGCUAGAUAUUAGGAUGCCUGUUGGUUUGUUAAGAGAACAGGUUCUUGGCUUGAUACAACAAUCCGUUAUUCCCAAAUACUCGCCUGCAGCCACUAUUGAGAUUGAUGUCCACGAAGCGGCCAGCAAUCCAUUCAGUUACUCGUCUCCUAAUCAUCCAAUGGUUACUCUACUCGCUGAUAAUGCCGAAUCUUUUACUACUAUCCGACCUCUAGCAAUACCAUCGAUGGGGGCUACGGAUUGUAAACACUACAGAUACGCUGGUGUACCUGCCUUUGUUUAUGGAUGUAGUCCUGCGACGAUGGCAUCUGUGAAUGAGUCUGCAUCGAUUUCGGAGUUUCUCCAUGUCACUAAAGUCCAUGCUGGCGCCACUUGGGAUUACCUGAACAUGUGAAGCUAUCACGUAAUGUCAAACAAGAUUGGAAACUCGGGUCAAGUCUUUAUUUCAAUUUUCUCCGGAAUGCCGCAUCCGUUCUCGAGAACGAGGUCUAAUUUUCCAAGAUGUAUCUAGUUAUCGGAUCUCGCUAAUAGUAAUCUACAAAUUGAGCACCAUCAC